GGCAAGGGUAAGUUUCCAUAAAUAAAUCCAUCGCAUAUCGUGUUCGGGCCGUGUCCACAAAAGCCUGCAUCAUGAAGUGUCACUAUGAAGUGCUGCAGCUGAGCCAGGAUGCCGAUGACAGUGAAAUAAAGACGGCGUACCGAAGACUGGCGCUCAAAUUGCACCCCGACAAGAACCUGGAUAACCCGGAGCUGGCCAAGGAACAGUUCCAGACGGUGCAGCAGGCCUAUGAAGUGUUGAGUGACCGACAGGAGCGAGCCUGGUAUGACGCGCAUCGGGAUCAAAUCCUCCGAGGGACCGAUUCAGAGUUCCAGGACCAGAGCCUGGAUGUGUUUCCCUACUUCACAAGCAGCUGCUUUAAGGGCUUCGGCGACGACGCUCAGGGCUUCUACACGAUUUACCGCACUGUUUUCGAAGCAAUUGCCAAAGAGGACUUGGAGUUCAUGGACGACAAGGAGGAGUUCAGUGAAAUUCCAGGCUUUGGUUGUGCGGACAGCGACUACGAAGCUGUUAAGCUCUUCUACGAUUACUGGAUGAGCUAUUCAACGAAAAAAAGCUACACUUGGCUGGACCCGUACGACGUCAGGGAUGUCAAAGGGAACAGGAAAGUGGAGAAAAUUGCUGACAAAGAGAACAAGAAGGUCAGGACGAAGGCGCGCAAGGAGCGCAAUGAGGAGGUGAGGAAGCUGGCAGCUUUUGUGCGAAAAAGGGACAAGCGAGUGCUGGCAUACAAGGAUCAAAUGGAAUCCAAGGUGCUGGAAAACAGGAAGAAACAUCAGGAGCUCGGCAAUAGAAAGAAGCUGGAAAGGGCUGAGAUGCACGCCAACGAGAAGCAAGCCGAAUGGUUGAAAUUCGACAAUGUCCAGGACGAACUGGAGGAAAUAGAAGCACAGCUGGCCGAGCAAUUUGGCGAGAGUCUGCUUCUGGAGGGAUCCGAAGAAGAUGACGACGAAUACAACAGCUUAUUCUGCAGAGUUUGCAUGAAACAGCUGAAAAACCCCACCGCCUUCCAGAACCAUGAAAUGAGCAAAAAACACCGGGAAACUAACCGGAGACUGCAAGAAAUUUUGCUGGAAGAGCAGCGAGCGAGGCAACAACACGCGUUUGGAUUACCAAAGCCAGAACUAAACUGCAGCGACUCAGAUGGUGAACAACCGCCCACAGAAGCAGAACCGGACGAAAAUCCAGUCUCCGAUCCGGAUGAGCAGCAAUCUUUCAAUAGCAACAGCAAAAAAUCGAAUAAACCACCAGUUGAAGAACGUGAAGAGAUCCCGAAGCAAAAGAAACCGACGAAAAAGCGCAGGAAAAAAGACAAAGCUGAUGAACCGAGUGGAGACCACAAUGACAUCGAUCUAGCACACUGCUGUGCUACAUGCAAGUGCAGUUUCUCUUCUAAAAACAAGCUCUUUGACCAUUUGAAAGCCACCAAUCACGGCGUUUAUCUGCCCGCCAAAGACAAACGAACUAGAGGGAAAAACUAAAAAAGUUUGCAGCACCUGUUUUAUAUUUUAGUGCGAUUGGUUUAAUCAGUUUGUGCUUAGGGACUGGGCGAGGCCCCCGAAUUGUUUAUCUGAUACGAGCGAGUAAAUUGAUUGUUUGGAAAA